AUGGCCAUGCACAACUUCGAGGAUCUUCUACAGUUCCGCCAGUUCAAGGUGGAGGUGUGCAAUGCAUACAAUACUCAGGAGCUUGAUCGUGAAGCCGAUGUGAGAACUCGUCGGCAAGCGAAGGAAGCGGGCAGACGGGUAGAGAAAGGCGGGGCAAAUGGUAAGGAGGAAGGGGCUACAGCUCAACAGCCUAAGGCAGGGACCAACACUAAAGAACGGCAACAAAAACCGGCUCCUAUUGCGGAGUCUAACGAAGCCGCAAGCGAUCCUUACCUGCACCAUCAUAUCGGUCAAAGUGAGAAAGUUUUUGAUGAGUUAGGUCAUUACCUCCGCAAUAACGCGAGAGACCUUGCUAUGAAGACCGGAGAUGAAAAUAUGGGAAACGAACAAAACCUCCUGGCAAACGCCCACUGGCGACAAGCAGCCAAUGGCGAGGCCGAUGAAGAGGAUGAAGACCACGUUGGCAUCGAAGAACUGAUCCCCUUCGAGCAGGGAUGUAAUGGAAGCACAGAGAUGCUCAUAGACGCGCUAGACAAAUGGUACACCGAUUAUAUGUUUGAUUAUGAGAAUUAA